AUUUCAGUGUAUAAGAACUGCGCAGAACUCUACAAAGCUGGAAAACGAAUCAGUGGGGUUUACACAAUCAACCCUGAUAAUGUCGGUGCCUUCGAUGUUUAUUGUGACCAAAAAACAGCCGGUGGGGGAUGGACAGUGUUCCAAAAGAGACUGGACGGCUCAGUUGAUUUCUACCGCGGCUGGGAUGACUACAAACGAGGCUUUGGAAAUCUGAAUGGUGAGUUCUGGCUCGGACUGGACAAGAUUCACCGCCUGUCAAAAGAACGAAGCAGGCUUCGUGUUGAUCUUGGAGACACGACUGGAAAAACAGCUUACGCAGACUACGACGUUUUUGGUGUUGCAAGUGAGAGAAGUAAAUACAAGCUGAGUCUUGGGACAUAUUCGGGUAAGUUGUAUCAUAAAACUCUUGCUUCCCGAACACUGAUCUAGUUUGAUUAAUAAUAGUCACUGGCAACAUUGAUCCUAUAUCAGGACUACGUUUACCCUGACGAUCAUUUUCAACGUACCUAUGAAAUGACUCUUGGGUUCAAACCUUUCAAAAUAAUAUACGUAGUGAUUGACAGUAACUUUCUGUAACUUAGACAGUAUAAAAGGCCAAAAAUCCUGCCUGCAGAUUAUGAUCUCAAUUAAAGGACAUAAAAUCGAUGGGGCCACUUAAAGAUCUUGGCUGAGAACCACUAAUAUCUAGUUCACUGGCUCCUAUAAUUGGGGUAACUUAGUUUCUUCCUGAUUUAAAAUUUUAAAAAGACCUUCACGCUGAACUCAAACUCAAACGGUGGAAGCAAAAGACUUGUGAGGAACAACCUCUUACUUAAAUUAUUAACUGUGCUUACGCAGGCGUAAUCGUAGUUACAAUACCGGCUCCUCUUCUUUCUGUGAUAUUAUUGUAUUCCCCUUUCUCAUAACCGUUUCUUUUGAAAAUCUAUAAGUUGAGUGGUGACCAAACGGCAAAUUUGAAAUAGUAACAAUGAUCUUACCAGCAUGUUUAUUACUGCUGUUUUAUAUUUUUAUUAUUGUAUUUUCAAGUAUUUUUAAAGUUCUGUUUAGAAGGGUACAGUUGCAAGGGAUAAAAUGAGUGAGUUGUUACUUUUCCUGCUGAUUUUGAAUAAAAUUCGUUUUUCCAUAUCAAAGUACUAUUUUUCUUUGCUUUAGGUACGGCUGGUGACUCGCUUUCUUAUCAUCGUGGCAUGGCUUUUUCCACUAAAGAUCGCGACAACGACCAUUCUUCCAGCAACUGUGCUGUUAGCUUCGAGGGAGCCUGGUGGUUUCAUGGAUGCGUCUAUUCUGACCUGAAUGGCCGCUAUCUUCACGGGGCGCACUCUAAGAAAUGGCAUGGUGUCCUCUGGCAUCACUGGAAGGGUCCCAGCUACUCCCUCAAACGAGCUGAGAUGAAAAUCAAACCAGUUAACGCCUCGUAG